GAAUUGGCUCAGUUUCAGAUAAGACAGUGCACGCGCUCGCUCGUACGCGUACGGACCUUAUAUAUAAAGAAGAUCUUACGAAACCGUUAGCACAUUCGGCCUACAAGUUGUCCAGGAAGUCGCCUGUUCCUUUGUCACCAAGAAAACAAAAUGCUGCUGCCACUGAUCGUUGGUGUAUUGUUGGUGCAAACAUUGGCGGCCAGCCCGUACAUUGACAGCCAUCCUCAACCUCAAGUAUUAAACUACCACAUGGACACAAAUAAUAUGCCUAAUUCAUAUAAUUUUCAUUACGAUGCAAGCGAUGGCUCUUCCCGCACUGAACAAGGCGCCAUUUUGAAUCAAGGGACAAACGAUGCCGCACUCGACGUCCACGGAGCCGCCCGUUGGUACGACGACAAAGGCGAUCUGUACGAGAUGACGUACAAGGCUGGCAAGAGAGGUUACAGAACUGUUAUCAAAAAGAUCUCCUAACCGAUCUUAUUAUACCGGACUACUAUUCCAGAGGUUUCGGCUUCGAUCCCCGCAAUAUUUUUUUUAAGAUCAUUAUUAAUUUUUAUUGCACAAAUUACUAAUAUACCGUUAGCCCCUCGUACUAAGCUAAAUAUGCUUGUGUCAUGAGUGGGCUCACAACAAUAAUCGAGCAGCGGGAUUCGAACCCACGUUCCUUGGAUCACGAGCCGGUCAAUCCGAUCGCUUCACCGUUCGGCUAUCGUGGUUUCUAAAUUAUUAUUAUUAUUAAAAUUAAUUCCAUUUAUCAGCAUGAUUGUUGUACAGUCAACAGCAUUAUUAUUCUUUUUCUCACUGGAUUUUGUGCUCCAGGAUAAAAUUUAAAAUAAAUUAAGCAUUUUUUUGUUUUGUAACAAGACGUGCAUGAUGACUGUGCAUGCGAUUUGGUUGAAAGACUGCAAAAAGCGCAACAGACUGAAUGACUAAUUAAUUGGUUGAGAUUUAAAGUAUUCGAAAUUACAGAUGGUUAUACAGAAUGUCCCAAAACAAUGGAUAACCUUGUAACUGUCGAUAAGUCUCAUGGUCUCUCUAAUAUACAAUUUUUGAUCAGGUAAAAAUAUCACGGGUUUCGAAAUUUUUAAGUUAUUUUUUGGAUUUUUAGAAAAUUGACAUGCGAUGUGAUGAGAGAUUACGAAUUAAACCUUUUCUUGUUUUUUUUUAAUACUGUGGAACUACAUUAUAUUGUUAAAUUUCAUGAGAAAAACUAAUCACAGGUGGUAAUUUCCUAAAAAUAAAAAUCUUUAAAAUCUUUGAUAUCAAGGUCAAAAUCAAUCGAUAGUUGUAAAGUUAUCCAUUGUUUAUAGUUGUAAAGUUAUCCAUUGUUUAUGGGACAACCUGUAUGUAAUAAGAUAAAUUAUAAUUAGAUAUUAGAUUACACUUUUAACGUAAUAAGACUUGAUAAACUAUUUAUUUGUAUUUAUUAAAAUGUUUAUUUGUUAAGUAUUCAAAUUAAAUUUUCAUGAAAUGCUCGAAAACUUAGAAUUAUAGAACAUGUAGGUAAAAGUACAAGAAAUAUUGAAAUUGCAUAUACCUAAGUAAUUUUAAUAAUUGUCGAACAGAUCAGGGAGAAUAAUUGUUUAAAAUUCUACUGAAAUUAGUUUUAAGUUGUAAUAAAAUCAUGUUCAUUGAUUGAUUUGAUUUUAGUACUAAUUACUACUAUUAAGUAUUGAUUUUUUAAUAACUUUAUGUAUGAAAAGGAGGGUUGAAACUUUUAUAAAUGUAUCAUCUACAUACAA